UUAAAGUCAGAUGGUGACGUGCAAAAGGGAAGCGCCAAAAUGUCCAGGCUACUCAUCCUCGUAUUUUCUGUUUUUAUUUUAACGAAAUUUGAUAUUUGUACUGCAAGUUUCUUUGACAUCCAAUACCCCGAUGUCUUCUUUACGGCUGAACAAGGUGGAAAUGUUACGAUCAGGGCUGGGCCAAAUGGGGGCGACAUUAUCAUGAUUCCACAAGGCAAUGGCACGGUUUUCAUUGGCCAGACGGAUAUGCUUAAACUUUUUCAGAUUGUCAAUAGUCUUCCACCUGUUUGGAGUGAAAAGUCACCGCAUGGAACCCUGGGAACCUUUCUAGGAGGGAAAUCAGUGUCUCUCAGUGUUUCUGCUCAGGAUCCUGAAAAUGGAAAAGUUACAUACGAAAAGGUAUCUGGAGCACUGCCACCUGGUAUUCAUUUGGACAAAAAUACAGGGGCGAUAACUGGACGCAUUCCUGACGUUGAUGCAACUUACGAAUUUGGAAUUCGAGUUACAGAUAGUCAUGGAAAAUAUGCAGAUCAAAUCUUUUCCAUUGAUACAAGAGAGAGAGACCAGUGUUUGAGCACACCCUGUUUACAUGGGGGAACUUGCAGUGACGAUAUAGAUGAUUUUGUAUGCGCAUGUGCAAAACCUUACGGUGGAAAAACGUGCAAUAUAAAUUGUGGCUCUAUGCCUGUUGGAAUAGAUCUGAACAACAAGAAAAUUCCGGACGCACAGAUGUCUUGUCACUACUGUUAUGGUGACAGUGCUGGAAUUGACGGUCGGCUUCACGCCCCACAAGGCUGGGUGGGCCAAAAUACAAACUCGUGGCUACAGGUUGACCUGGGGAAGGAAAUGGAGCUUCAUGCUGUAGCAAACCAAGGCUAUACAUCAUCCAGUUACUACAUCCUGACCUACACAAUCAAAUACAGCGUGGACGGAAACCAGUUCUAUGACGUCAAGAACGGAACGACCGUCAUGGAUUUUAGUGGAAGCAGUAACGUGAACUCCGUAGUAAAACACACAUUCCUGACACCGUUUAGAGCACGAUUUGUUAAAUUCAUACCGAAGACCUUUCACAGCAAACCCGGGAUGAGAGUGGAACUGUACGGAUGUGAUGUUUAGAUCUGAAUUGCAUCCAAUAAAAAUAUGUAGUCA